CACUUCAGCAUGCUGCCAAAUGGUUGGAUUCCAGACGAUGGUGUCGACUUCUUCAAACAGUUCAUCUGCCACUUGAGAGAGAGGUGGUACACGGAAUGCGACUUGGUCGAAAAGGAUCUAACAACACGGCGCAAUAGCCAGUUUGACGCACAGGGGAGAAGCCCCGAACUUAUACGUCAACUGGCAAAAGAUGCUCAGAUGUUGGCACAUCAUCAUACCGUCUUACAAUUCCAAAUCACCAAAGCCAAAGAGAUUGCAAAAGAAGUCCAGAGCUACCAUCAAAUCUCCGCCCAGGAUGAACUGCAGAAUGCGGUAGUUGACUUCGCAGACAAGGUCAAUGAUCGGAUAAAACAACUGGACCAGACACUCAGGGACAUCUUGCAGUUUGUAAGU